ACUUUGCAUCCUGACCGCAGGGUGGCAGCACAUGUAAACACAUGGGGGCUUACACAACCCAUUACCUAUGAAUGUUACCAAACGCUGAGGGUGAGUUCUGUAACAUGCUGCCGCUCCUCCACACAACCCGGUGGUCUCUCUGAGGGAAGACACUGUCACGUCACAGAAACAAUGAAGUCAGUUUCCUGCCUCUCCUCGUCUGUGAGAGCUGCGUGUCAACACACCUCAGCGUGCUCGUUAUUCAAUCCUCUGCUUCGUCGCAGUUCGGGGGGAAGAUGCGCCAACGUGCCCGGCAGAGGUGUAGUUGUGCAACAACCGUGCGUAACGGCUGUGCGUCCUUAUCACGCCAUGUACGUGAACUCAGCGGCGGCGAGUGCAGCCCCUCUCCCCACCGCAGUGCCCCUGCUAGGGAAAGGAGACGACGCGCACCAGGUUGUAAGACGCACGCCCCCUACAGCUGCUCCUCACCUCUCUCCGUACAGACCCCACAUCAGACAACAGGGCAAUGCAACAGCAGGAGUCAGCAUCCAGUCUCUGUUUGAAGGGGAGGUGAUCCCCGAGCUGCUCUCCAGACUGGCAGACUCCCCCAGCAAUGACAGGGCAGAGGGCCUGGCCACUUUACUUGGAGCUUGUGCUGAAUCUGGCUUGGGAGCCCAGAGCCCUGUCGUACAGCGACUGUUACAAGAGUGCCUGCUGCUCCUCUCCAACAGGGACAUCGGGGCGGCACAGCUCUGCCACCUGGGUGAGGUGGCCCACGCUCUGGAGGGUCGCCAGUCAGCGGUGGUGAAAGAGGUCCUGAACUCCAUAGGCGCUGCUGUAGAAGAGGAUGUUGUGUCUCCCGAUGAGGCCGUCAGAGUCUACUCCCUGCUGGCUCUGUGCUACGACCCUGCCAGCCAGCGGCAGACGAGCAUGCUGCCCACUUUGCACAGACACACACAGAGGCUGGUCCACCGGCUGACAGCCAGUCAAGUCAGCGACGUCCUGCAGUCCCUGCUGAAGCUACCGCAGAGACAAAACAUUUCUCUGGUGCUGAGGCUGUGUCGCAGGGCGUCACGGGUCUUCAGUGUUUUCAGCGAUGAUGAAAUAAUGAAGGUGCUCUCUGCCCUGAUGAUCCUGGGACAGCAUCAUGGAGAGCUCCUGGUUGCUAUGGAGAAAAACCUGCCAGGGAGGCUGGGAGAGUGCGACCCGGAGCUGAUCAGCACCGUCAUGGAGUAUUGUCUACGAAUGAGGUGCCGCUCUGAGCCGAUCUUUGAGGCUGUGGCUGAGAACUUUGUGCAUCAUGCUGAGAGACACACAACCCUUCAGAUAGCCAAACAGACUGUCGCCAUGGGGAGACUCAACUACCUGCCUCAGUGCUCCAGGCAGAUGUUCAAGAAGCUUGAGAGCAUUUUAUCAACAAGGUUUUCCCAGUUCCAGCCUCGCUCACUGAUAGAGGUGCUGCACGCCUGCAUCCACCUGGAACGCUUCCCACUCAACUACACAUCCAAAGUCUUCAGUCCCUACUUCCUACAGAGGCUGCAAGCACAGGGGCAGCCACUGGACAGGAAGGCACUGGCACAACUGACACAGCUCCAUCUGUCCACCUCAUUAGAGUGUAAACACUUCUGGGGUCCCAUACUGCCUCCUUUCCUCCAUGUGAAGAAGUUCUCCUCUGUGGACCAUGCCUUUGAGACACCUAUGGACAGUCUCAUGUACAAACAUGUCAAAGGGUCACUCAGGCGGCUGCUGGGAGGGAAGUUCUACUUAACAACAAUCUUAACUCCGAUUGGAUACACUAUAGAUGUGGAGAUAUGCCUGGAUAAGGACGGGUAUGUUCUGCCUCCCUCUCAGUGGGAUCGCACUAACAGGAGGAUGGCUCUGUGUUUAGACAGUAAAGACCGUUUCUGCAGCAACACGCAGCACCUGCUGGGAAAGGAAGCCACAAAGAGGAGACACCUCCGCAGGAUGGGCUAUGAGGUGGUGCAGAUCCCUUACUUUGAAUUGGAAAAACUGAGAACAGAGAAGGAGCAGCUCCAAUAUCUCCGAAACAAGGUCUUUCCCACCAUCUUCAAGUUCAACCACCGAUGUCAGACACCUCGCAAGCUGAGGGCAGGUUCAACUAGAGCUUCUUCACUGACUUUAAAUGGUUGAUCGGUUUGUAGCUGUACAAAUCUACCAGCCUUGCACUGAACUGGACAGAAAAAUACAAAGAAGAUACAAGGUUAAGCAUCAAAUGGUAAACAGCUUCAACACACGUCCUAAUGGAAUUUUUUUUUUUUGCAAAACAGGCAUUCAAAUGCCCAAUAACCCAGAUAUAAUUUAACUGAGUGAUCUUCUGCGAUUUUUUAUUUCUUCCCAUUUCCCCUUAGCUCUUGUCGAUUUAUGAAAUAAGCUGCCUUAUUUUGAGCAUCAAAGUAAAAAGGAUUCAAUAAAUAUUUCAAUUGUCUACAAGGAUAUCUUAUAUCAAAGCUGUUUACUGAGUGAAAGCAGAGACUGGAUAUGUGUUAUUUUCUUUUAUCAAAAGACUUUUUAAAAGGAUAAAGAUAAAUAAAAUCAUAACUAAGCUUUUAACAGUGUUAGCAGCUGGAAAACUACCUCCCUGACCAUUUGAGUGACUAUACAUCUUUUAUUUGCACCUUAUGACUGAGUGUAGCAUUCAUUUUAAGGCUAUAGCUAACUGACCAUACCACCAAAUCAGGGAGCAAAAUCUUUGACAAAUAUUUCUUGAUUAUUUAUGGUCUGCCAUGACUUAAUUAUGUUGCUGAAUGGACGUGAUAUUAAUUAUGUUUUGUGUAAAUAUUGUGAAAUGCUUCUAUAUACUGUAUGUCCUUGGCCCUGUUGUACUGUUUGCACCGGUUUUGUUGGGGCAGAAAAAUGAGUUUGAAAUGUUCAAACUCAAAAUGAGACGUACAUGAGAUGUACAAAUCUGUGACAAGGAAUUUGCUUCAAUUUUAUGUAUGAAGGUGGAACAUAAAUUGCCUCAGUUCAUGUUUUGGAUCGGUGGUUUCAUUUUAUAAACUGUCCAAUAAAAUAUUAAUGAGUAA